AUGUUGUUGUUGACAUAUCUUCAAGUUUUCUGGAAUUUUAACAAUAAAAAAGGAAAGGAAACUGAUGAAAGUUUCAUCUUAAUUUUAUUGAAAUCCAUCGAAUUCUUCGUAGAUAUGUCUUUAGGAAAACAACUCACAUUUGGAAUAAACAUCAUUCACUUCAAUGAUAUUGCUUUUAAAUGA